GGCACAGCUGAAUAUUGUAUCCCAAUCCUUAUAAGUAUGGAUCGUCAGUAUGCAUUUGUCAGAGUAUUUAAAAUCCUAUAAACACACUUUGAAAUUGUUUAUUGCUGGUGCAAUUCGAUUUCACACAAUAUAAUGGACAUUUCAACCUUUUUAAAAAAUAUCCUUUCCGUUACCUUUACCAGCAACAUUACAACAUCCAUAGCUACGAACUUUACAUAUGACCUCCAACCAUUGCUCUCAUCGUCUGCGGAAAUCUACUAUCCUGGUUCGGAAGGGUAUAUAAAUGCUACCACGAGAUGGAAUGCCUAUACUAAACCAGGCCUUGAUGUUGUUGUGAAGGUUGCAUGUGAGGAAGAUGUACAGGAGACUGUAUGUCCAUUUCCAUUUCGAUGGGUCUAUUAUCUGCUCACUCGAUUCAUGCAUGUAUUGAUGGCCAGGUAAAUCAUUAGUUAUUAAUUAUUCACUUCCCCCAUCUAGAUUCGCUAUGCAAAUUCACACUCUGUGCCGUUCCUAGCCAUUUCAGGCGGCCAUGCUGCCUCCAGCACGCUUUCGGAGAUCGAAUCUGGCAUCGGUAUUUAUCUCCGCAGCCUUUCGGGUGUUUCUAUCUCCCCCGCCAAUGAAUCUCAGGCCCUUAUCCUCGGCGGAACUCUAUCAGGCGAGGUGAUCUCCGAGCUUUGGGACCUUGGGAAACACACAGCAACUGGCGCGUGCGAUUGCGUCGGUUUCAUAUCUCCAAUGCUGGGUGGUGGUCAUGGAUGGCUGGAAGGCCGAUACGGACUCAUGGCUGACAAUCUCAUAUCGGCGCGAGUUGUUCUGGCGAAUGGAACAGCUGUCACGGUUGACAAUACCCAGCAUUCGGAUCUCUUCUGGGGUCUUAGGGGCGCAGGGCAUAAUUUUGGGAUCGUCACAUCGAUAUAUUACCAGAUCUACGAUCGAACCCCUGAAGUUGAUAGUUUUGCAACUGCGACGUUCACAUUCACGCAGGAUAAACUAGAAGAGGUCUUCAGCAUCGCUAACCAGUGGCUCGCUGCAAAAUAUCGUCCAGUCGAACUCAUGUACAUGGGACUUAUAGCUUUGGAUCCGACCGUUGAUUCAAAGCCCAUAGUACAAUUUCAAUUACGCUGGCAAGGAGCUGACAACAUUCCAGACGAGUAUACGGCUCCACUUAAUGCACUUAAUCCAGUUAGCGUCAACCAGUCACACAUCAGUCUUCUGAAUAUCAACGCAUUGACGGGAGCAUCUCCCUCGGGUCCAGCGUGUGUAGACGAAAUUGGACGGCAACUAUUUCCCACCGUUUUAGAUUCCUGGAAUGUCGCCAGCCUACGUGCGGUCUUAGACAUAUUCUCCACUUUUCCCGCCUCAUUUAACAAUUCCUUGAUGUUCCUUGAAGGAUUUGCCACAAAUCGUGCUCUUGAGAUUCCCUCAGACAGCACGGCAUACGCAUUACGCUCCAAACAACUGCUUGCCGCGCCUCUCUUUACUUAUCCACCUAAUGAUGAAACCUUACAGCGUGAUAUGAUCAAACUUGGGAAGCAGAUAAGAAAUGUGAUGUUGAAUGGUACGGGAGAAAAGCUGCAUGCAUAUGUGAAUUAUGCGACCGGUGAUGAAAGUCAGGAGGCUCUUUAUGGGUAUGAACCGUGGCGCUUAGACAGAUUGAGAAAAUUGAAAAGGGAAUAUGAUCCAUUGGGAAGAUUUAACUUUUUUGGACCGAUUGUAGUGUAGUGCAAAGGCACCUUCUUUCCCUCUAGCAAGCGCAUCGUCGAGGUUUCAAUCCUCUCUUCGGUAGAUUACUGCUUUGCCGGUAUGGCUUCUACAUAUCCUUAGUAGAUAUCAAUCAUGCUACGUUGUUUUUGUGUUAUUGGAGCCGUUUUGUUCCAUGUUGAAGGGUAUUU